AUGAAUCGUUUAGCCCAAGUUUCAAUAAUUUUACAAAAACAUAUUUUGGAAAUUAUAAAACAAGAAAAGACUUCUUGGAGUGAAUUAACUAAGACAUCUCUAAAAAAUUAUUUAAAUUCUUCUCAAAAUUCGGAAAAAAGUACUAUAGAAGAAAUAAACGAAAAAACAAUAUUUGAUAUAUACACGAAGAAAGUAAAUGAAAGUAAUUCGCAAAGAUUUGGAAACGAACUGUUUUCGAAAAAAGGAAAAAAUAAUAAAAUAGGAGGAUUAGGCUUUAUGACACCACAAGCAUCACCAUUGAGAGUUUUUACGAAUAGCUUGGGAUGUAAAGAUGUUGGGGAAUGUUCUUCUAAAAAUAAUGAACAAAAGAGAUAUAGCUUUAGCUUUGCUUCUCCCAUCAAAAGUUUUGUUGCAUCCCCACGUCGUUUUUUUAGUCAGAAGAAGGAUUCGUUUUCUAAAUCAGGAAAGAGUGCUGCUUCCAACAAAUUAUAUAAGAAUUCCCGUUCUUUGGCAAUUAUUUGGUUCUUUGCUGAGCGAACAUUAAAACCAAUACUUUUAAAUAAAUUUGAUGUUAAAUUACAUAAAGAAGCAGAAAAUAUAAUUAAUUCUUUGGAAUUUGAUCCAAAAAUUUUAAAAAAUAAAUGGGUUGAAGGUUGGGAAGACGUCAUGGUAAAUGAGGAUCAAAAAUUAUUUUGGAAAGAAACUAUUAUUUUGGGACUUCGUGUUUUGACUGCAUUUGAGCGAAUGAAAAAAAUAUAUGAAUUAAAGGUAAGCUAGAAAAUUUGGGCAGAAAUUUAUUUGUGUUAUGUCCGUAUUUUUCUUUUAUCCGAAUCUGAUCGGCUAUAACUUUUUUAUGCUUGAU